UGCGGUUUUGAUCUGAAAGGAAGACGAUCUUUCAUUCUGUAAUAAAAGGAAAUCCUGUCUGAGGACUUCUGAUAUAGUCUGCAUUUGUUUUGUUACUUUUAUUAGACUUCAGUAUGUGAAAUUAUAUCAAAAUCCAUCUCUUGAACAAGUAAUGGUUCUGGAUGAAGACUGCAAUGUGAAAUUCUGCAUAGAUGCCAGUCAGCCAGAUGUAGGGAAUUGGUUGAAAUUUAUCAAAUUCGCUGGCUACUACCAUUCGCACAAUUUGGUGGCUUGUCAGCUAAAUGACCAGAUAUUCUACAGAGUAGUAGCUGACAUUGAGCCAGGAGAGGAACUUUUAUUGUUUAUGAAGAGUGAAGAUUAUACCCAUGAAACAAUGGCUCCAGAUAUCCACGAGGAGCGUCGGUAUCGUUGUGAGGAGUGUGACCAGCUGUUUGAGUCAAAAGCUGAGCUAACUGAUCACCAGAAAUUUCCCUGUAGUACACCCCACUCAGCAUUUUCCCUAGUGGAGGACAAUUUCCAACAAGACUUAAACGAUGACAGUGACAUUCACGAGAUGCAUCACUCCCACGAGUGCAAAGAAUGUGAUCAAAUAUUUCCAGAUAUGCAAAGCCUUGAUAAACACCUGCUGUCUCAUACAGAAGAGAGGGAAUAUAAAUGUGAUCAGUGUCCUAAAGCAUUUAACUGGAAAUCUAACUUAAUUCGCCAUCAGAUGUCUCAUGAUACUGGAAAGCACUAUGAAUGUGAAAACUGCUCCAAGCAGGUUUUCACGGAUCCAAGUAACCUCCAAAGGCACAUUCGCUCCCAGCAUGUAGGCGCACGGGCCCAUGCCUGUUCAGAAUGUGGCAAAACAUUUGCAACUUCAUCAGGUCUCAAACAACACAAGCACAUCCAUAGCAGUGUCAAGCCCUUCGUAUGUGAAGUCUGCCAUAAGUCUUAUACUCAGUUCUCCAACCUCUGCCGACAUAAGCGUAUGCAUGCUGACUGUAGGACUCAAAUCAAAUGUAAAGACUGCGGGCAAAUGUUCAGUACCACAUCAUCACUUAAUAAGCACAGGAGGUUUUGUGAGGGGAAGAAUCACUUCACUUCCGGGGGAUUAUUUGGUCAUGGUAUUUCAUUGCCUGGAACUCCAGCCAUGGACAAGGCUUCUAUGAUUAACAUUAAUCACGCAAACACAGGACUUGCAGAUUAUUUUGGUGCUAGUCGGCAUACUGCUGGUCUUACAUUUCCAACGCCAUCUGGAUUCUCUUUUAGUUUUCCUGGUUUGUUUCCAUCAAGUCUUUAUCAUAGACCACCCCUUAUGCCUGCCAGUUCUCCUGUAAAAGGACUACCAAGUGUUGAACAGACAAAGAGUCAGGUUACACACAUAAACAGACCUCAGUUACUACCUGCUACACAGGACAUUCUGAAAGCACUGAGUAAACACCCACCCAUGGGUGAAUCAAAGACUGCAGAGUUUUCUCAAGAGAAUAACUCUCAACAUAGACCACAUGAAAAAAUAAGUGACCAUUCAGAGAGUAGUGACCUUGAUGAUGUCAGUACUCCAAGUGGCAGUGACUUAGAGACAACGUCUGGGUCAGACCUUGAAAGUGACAUUGAAAGUGAUAAGGAGAAAGUAAAAGAAAAUGGUAAGAUAUAUAAAGAGAAAAUGAGCCCUCUACAUAACCUAGCUGCAAUAAACAGUAAGAGAGAAUACAACAAUCAUUCAGUUUUCUCUCCAUCUUUUGAGGAACAAACUGCUGUGUCUGGAGCAGUCAAUGAUUCCAUAAAAGCUAUUGCCUCCAUUGCUGAGAAGUACUUUGGUUCAACAGGACUUGUUGGGAUGCCAGAUAAGAAAGGUGGCGCAUUACCUUAUCCUUCAAUGUUUCCCCUUCCAUUUUUCCCAGCAUUCUCUCAAUCAAUGUAUCCAUUUCCUGACAGAGACAUAAGGCCAGUACCUUUAAAAAUGGAACCAGAGUCUCCAAAUGAGGGAAAGAAAUUACAGAAGGGGAAUGCUGAAUCCCCUUUUGAUCUCACCACCAAAAGAAAAGAAGAAAAUACUGCUGUUACAAAUGUUCCUACAAAACCUGUGGCUCCCACAUCUUCAAACCAUGACCAGCCUUUGGACUUGAGCAUUGGCAGCAGAAGUCGGGCUACAGUCACAAAGCCUACAGAGCUUAGGAAAAAUCAUAUAUUUGGAGAGAAAAAAGAUACCGACAUAGAAACAACUAAGCCAUCUGAUCAAAGCUUGCAACAUGCAAGGCCUGCGCCUUUCUUUAUGGACCCUAUUUACAGUAGCGGAAUCACCCUCGAUAAUUUGAAUAUCUACGAUUGCAGGGUAGAAAAGAGAAAGCUAAUGGAUCCUUUAGAAGUGUUAAAAGAAAAAUAUUUAAGACCUUCUUCAGGAUUCUUAUUUCAUCCACAGUUCCCUCUGCCUGAUCAGAGAACAUGGAUGUCAGCUAUAGAAAAUAUGGCUGAGAAACUUGAGAGUUUUAAUGCCCUCAAACCAGAGGCUAAUGAACUUAUACAAUCUGUCCCAUCUAUGUUCAAUUUUCGAGCUUCUCCAAGUGCCCUUCCAGAAAAUCUUCUUAGAAAGGGCAAAGAACGCUACACCUGUAGGUACUGUGGAAAGAUUUUCCCAAGAUCAGCAAACCUAACUCGGCAUCUGCGUACUCACACAGGAGAGCAACCUUAUCGGUGCAAAUAUUGUGACCGUUCCUUUAGCAUCUCAUCCAAUCUGCAAAGGCACGUCCGUAAUAUUCACAAUAAGGAGAAGCCUUUCAAAUGCCACUUAUGUGACAGAUGUUUUGGACAGCAAACCAACUUGGAUAGACAUUUAAAAAAACAUGAAAAUGGCAAUAUAUCUGGUACUGCAGCAUCAUCUCCUCAUUCUGAAAUAGAAGGCACAGGUGCAGUUCUUGAUGACAAAGAAGAUUCUUAUUUCACUGAAAUAAGGAAUUUCAUUGGGAAUAGCAGUCAUAACAAAGAGUCUCCUUUAACUUCAGAAGACAGGAUGAAUGGCAGCCAUGACAAGAUAAUGCUUACUGGUCAAAGUUCGGACAUCCUAGAUGAUGAUGAAAUAGAGGAUGAAGCCAUUCUCGAUGAAGAGGACGAUGAUGAAAGUGACAUUGCAACAAAAAUGAUAAAGGAACCAAACACAAGCAGCUUACUUGAAAAAAGUACCGAAGAUGACUAUGAAGAUGGAACUAAAGCUGAAUUAAUUUCCCCCAGCAGGUAUGACGAUGAGGAUUUCAAGACUGGCCUGUCUGCCCUGGACCACAUAAGGCACUUCACAGAUAGUCUCAAGAUAAGAAAAAUAGAAGAGAGUCAAUAUAAUGAUCCUGACCUAUCAGCUUUUGCUGCUUCUCACCUACCAGACGACUUAAAGCAACCAUUAUACAGAAAAUCCAAAUCCCAGGCAUAUGCAAUGAUGCUUUCUCUGUCUGAUCAGGAAUCCCUCCACACCACUUCACAUAAUUCAUCCAGCAUGUGGCACAACAUGGCAAGAGCAGCUGCCGAAUCAACUGCCCUCCACUCCAUUAGUCAUGUAUGACAUUGUGACAUGCAACCACAAUGGGACCAAGUCCAAACCAGUAGCAUGGCUCUUUCAUAAGUGACUAUUUAAAAGACUAUGGAGCAGGAUGCCUUAUUACCUGCAGGGUCACUUCAUAAAGUCUGGUGACCUUAAAUGGAAUAAUUUUAAGAAAAUAAACUAUUUAUUCUCAUUGUUUUGUUUUGCACAGCAAAGGCAGCUGCUGAUUUCUGGAGCAACAUAGAGCAAAAAAAAAAAGAAAAGACUAUGGACUUUGGUGGACAAAGAGUCUUCCAGUUGAAACUGUGUUGACUUGAAACACUUAUGAGCACUCAAAAAAAUCAGAAUCAAUUUUUUGUACACAGCGAUUUGCCACAAAUUUGAAAACAAUUGCUUCUAUGUAGACAAUUUCUAUUACACAGAUUCAUGUAUUUAAACACUUUGAAGACAGAAGUAGUUAUUUACAAAUGUACAUUAUCACUUAAUGUAGAAAAAUAACAGGGAAUUAUUUGUUCUUUCCUUAAUUAUGUCUUAAUUACUUUGUGAAAAGGAGAAGAAAUAUGUGUAUAUAGUGAAACUUACAAUGUCCAGUACUCAGAGUUUGUCAUUUAAGGGCCAUUUUUCCUUACUGAUACCACUAAUAUGUCUUACAAUCAGAUGUUUGCCAAAUCAAUGUGUUGACAUUUUAAUUUAGACAAUCAUGUCAGUGUUUUGACUUUCCAUUUUGUUUGUUCAUGUACUUUGUAUUUAUUUCCUUUUUUUGUUGUGAUUAUAAUAGCACUGUUCCAUUUUUCCACUUGGUUUUGUUGUCAGAGGCACUUGCAAAUUUUCAAGGUCAUUAGAAACUGAGCUGUGUAUGUGUGUGUGUGCGGAUUAUUCUCUUGAUUAGUUUUUUUUAACAUUGCUUUUCUUAUAAACUUAAUUAUAGAGGGAAAACAAUGAUUUGUUCUCUUGUACAAAUUGUUAUAAUUACUUUCAUGACCGCAUGGAUCUUCCUGAUUAAAAGUGUACCCAAUAUUUUAUGCUUUGUUGUCUGCAAACCCGUGUGAUGUUACGUUCAUGUUAUUCCUAUUUGUAAUGAAGUGUUCCAAUCCAAUUUAAAAAAUACCUUAAGUGUAUUUAGUUAUUUUAAAAUCUUUAUUGAGGGACCAGAUUUUUUUUUUUCUUUUCUUUUUUUAUUAUCUCAUUUUUAAAUUGGCAACUUGAGGUACUUUCAUUAAUUGCUUUGUAUACUGUAAUUGUUACUCAUUCACGUACUUUGAUUUGGGAGGAUAAAGUACACAAAAAUAAAGAAAUACAAUGUUGAAGGUCAA